AUGGAGGGCGAUUACUCGCACUGCGACCUGUCGGAGCCGGAUUUUGAGGGCGAACUGACCAAGCGCAGCGUGUGGCUCAAGGAGUGGCGCAAGCGCUACUUCGUGCUCAAAGGCAACAAGCUCUACUUCUGUCGCGCCCAGGGGGAGCCCGCCCACGGUCUCAUUGACCUGGCAGACUGCUUAACGGUCAAAUCGGCCGAAGAGAAGACGAACAAGCGCUUCUGCUUUGAGGUGGCGACGCCUGGUUCCACUUUCUACAUGUACGCAGAGGACGAGCAGCACAAGGACGAGUGGAUUGGCGCGAUUGGUCGUGCGAUUGUCAAGUUCUCGAGUUCGUUCACGGGCGACCAGGACGACGACACGAAUUAG